AUGGCGAGCCCAAUGGUGGGAACCCCAAUCCGCCUCAGCAGCCUCAGAUACGCCCCUCCUUCCCCAGCACCCAGGGGACGAUUCGUGGCGGCGAGGGUGAGGGCGUCGGCGGAGGCGAUGGCGACGGCGACGGAGAAGCUCGGCGUCAGGGUGGAGCGCAACCCGGCCGAGUCCCGCCUCUCCGAGCUCGGCGUCCGCCAGUGGCCCAAGUGGGGGUGCGAGAAGAGCAAGUUCCCGUGGACCUACUCGGCCAAGGAGACGUGCUACCUGCUGCAGGGGAAGGUGAAGGUGUACCCGGACGGCGAGGAGGGGUUCGUGGAGAUCGCGGCGGGGGACCUGGUGGUGUUCCCCAAGGGCAUGAGCUGCACCUGGGACGUCGCCGAGGCCGUCGACAAGCACUACAAGUUCGAGUAG